GCACAGCAUAGCGAAAUCUUUUUGUAUUUGAUUUAGACGUCUUGAUAUCAUCGAUAUAGAAGAGAAAACCAAAGCUUCAGCGAAGAAAAGAAAAGAAAACAAUAAAGCACGAAAUUAAACGGCAGAUGAUACAGGAACACCACCAUGACCAAGGCGCCGGCCAGGAACGGCGGGUAGGGUCUAAGCACCGGCUCAGCAGCAGCGGCAGCAGCAAUAACGGAAGCGUCAUCUCGCGGGUCCUGGGUAGCUUCCGUCAGAAGAUUCGAGAGGAGAGGAAUAAAAAGAAAAAGAAAUCGUCGUCGCUGGACUUCGGCGAAGGCCACGAUGACUGGGCCGCCGUCGCCGCGGCCAAUUACCAGGGCACGCACCAUCCGGACCGGCCGAGCCAAGACAAGCGGGUCAAGACGAUCCUCUCGGACGACGAGUACGCCGCCGAGAUCGAGCGGAUGCAGGAGCGAAGCCAGUCGCACUACAACACCGGCGUCCACUACGACACUGGCGGCCACUACGGCGCCGACGAACAGCGAGCGGCGAGCCGGACCUCGUCGCAGCUGACCGACCUGCCCAACUUCAGCUACUCGUCCAAGAGCCCCAAGCACAGGAAGAGCUCGGCCUCUCCUGCGUCGCCCGCGUUUCCCAUGUUCGAGGGACACGAAUGGCCGCAGCCGCCGAGAGAGCCGCCGAGGGAGAACGCGAGCAUGAAGGACCAUUUCCAGUACCAACACCAGCCUCAGGCUCCGCCGCAGCCACCUCAGUCUCAACUUCAGUCCGUGAUGUCACCCGUCUCGCCUAGCGCGAGGACCAUACAAGUGUACAACGAGUGCUCGAACGACGUCCUCGAUCGGGGCCCGAUCGUGCGGCACAUCGCGACGACGCGACCUCACCUGCUGUUACCGCGCAAGGCGCCCUCGCCGCCAAAGCCGAAAAAGUCACCCUCCCCCGUGCCCCAAACCCAAGCCCAACCCCAAUAUUCGCCGCUACCCUCACCAUCACCCUUACCACCCCCACGCAUCGCAACCCCACACGCCUCCUCAGGCCCGCCAACCCCACCGCCCUCCUCAGCAGAAGCAGACAACCGCCGCUCAUCCAACGGCUCGCUCUCGCUCUACAAGCGCAGACACUGCUCCUCGGACCUGACCCUCGGCGACGCGAACCCAGAGCACACGCACCGGCACUCCAUCUACCACAACCCGAACGCCACCACAACAGAGCUACUACGGUCCACCACGCAGCACUCGCCGCCGACCUCGCCCAAGACCCCCGCCCCGCCGCCGCGCGGCGCCGAGGAGCGGGACGCGUAUUUCCCAGAUACCCACUUGGACGAGCUGCCGCGCCUGUGCCCGUGGCCGGGCUGCACGGCCGUCCUGCGCACAGAGCAGGAGAAGGCGGAUAACCUGUGCGGCGACUGCCACGAGACGCUGUGUCCGCGCGAGAGCGCCUUCUUCGGGCGCAAGGGGACGAGCCCGCACUCUUCUAGCAUGAACCACGGGGUAGCGACGGCGAUAGCGACAGCGGUGCCGCCGGUGCCGGCGCGCGGCGACGACGCGGACGCGCUGAGGGCGCUGGGCGGGACCAAGGUCAGCCUGGCGGAGAACGUGAAGGUGAACCGGGCGCCGCGCGGGUCCGUGAAGCUGGUCAACAGCAAGUUCAGCAGCGUCAGCGGCUUCAAGCUGCAGCCGCCGCCGUUGGGCAAGCGGGCGCAGCAGCAGCAGCAGCAGCAGCAGACCCAACAGGGGCAGGGACUGGCUCAGCAGCGGAGUCCGACGACACCGAAUAGUCCGACGUCGCCGACGACGCCGGCGAGCUCGGACCAGAGCCCGAUGCAGAACCGUCGGCCGUCCCAGCAGCACUCGCCGAGGCCGUCGCUCCCGCGCCGGAGCCACGACGAGGGGCAGGCUGCUGCUGGCAGCAACGCGGGGAAGCGGAUGUCGUCACGCGAGUUCGCGUACAAGCACGAGUCGGCCAUGGUGCAGCCUUUGUCGCCUGCGAACUCCUCCACGUCGGGUCCCAGCAAAGGCAACAACAACAACAAUAACAACAGCAACGGGGAGCAGCAGCAGCAUCAUCAGCACCAACAACACAUCGGGUUCCAGGACGUGCGGUGGGAGCCGCCGUCGCCGAAGGUAGCGCGGCGCAAGACGACGGUAAUCAAGUUCAAGCCGAUAUUCAAGUCCGCCUUCCGGCCGGACCCGUACGCGAACCGCGCAAGCCGGCACGUGAGCAGAUACUCGCGCUACUCCCACGCCUCGACGGCGACGCGUGCCGAUUCGCCCAGCCUCAGCGAGGGGUCCUGGAUGACCGAUUCGGCGGCGUCGUUGUCGCCGGUCACCAGCAGCGAAUCUGAGAGCGAGAGCGAGAACGAGUACGGGAUAGACCGCGGUCACCAGCAAUCGAAAUUGCAAGCGCAAUCGCAACCACAACCGCCGCCGCCCCCGCCGCCCCGGCAGCAGCAGCAGCAGCGUAACGCGCCAGCCCCGGCGCACAAAGAAGCGCAUGUCCAAUUUGCUACUCCCGUAACACAAAGACCUGCUCCCAAAGAGCGGCGGCUUAGCCAACUAGUCGCGGUUAAGCAGGAGAAAGCACCGCCCUCCCGGGACACCAUACUGUACCGGGAGAUCGAGGACAUCAUCGACUGCUACACGAUGGGAGGCGACGGGAGCGACGAGGAGAACGAGCGCAGAAAGGCGGAUAACAUCGCCUCGUUCUUCUCAAAGGAACCGGAGGCCGUGUGGAUGAGGAAGAAGGGGUUUAUCUAAAUCCGAAUCUAAGUUGUCCUAGAGCAAAAAAAUGAGAAGACUACAGUAUAAAAAGGAGAAAAGGUUAGCUAGCAUAGCACUUGGUAGAAUAGUCAGGGAAAACAGUAGAUAGGGGAAAAUUUAGGCAACUCAAUUAUGACAGCGACUUAGGUAGUCAGUCCUUAUGAAUCUGUGAUCCGAAUCAACUAUGAGCCCUUCCACCUUUUUUCCCAUAUCGUGUCAAUCCCUUUUCCUAGGGAGAAAUCAACCAUUUUGGGGUAUAGCAAAGAUCUGAGCCCUGCAUUCCUUCCUGUAACACCGUGCUAUGCAACUGAAACGACUAAAA